AUGUCGACGUCAACGAUACCUCCAGAUCUGAUACCCUAUCUCACUCACGAGAAGCAGGACAACAGCUCUGUCCAGAAUUCGAUUGUUACUAUCAACAGUGUAUUCCUAGUUUUCAUAUGUGUGACAACUGGAUUACGGCUAUGGGUACGGUUCCGGAUGCUUCGGUCAACGGGACUUGAUGAUAUCCUUAUCAUCGUUGCUCUCAUAUUUGCCACGUUUCUUUCAAUAUCUAGUCUGGUUGGGGAGAGCCUUGGCCUGGGAAAGCACAUAUGGAACUUGUCCCCAGUUCUUACCGAUAUCCCAAGCGCAACCGGCAAGAUCACGAAAGCUCUUUAUGGCGCCUAUCUUUCAUACUCGACAGCCAUUACCUUCACCAAGUUUUCGAUCAUGGCUACCUACGUCAGAAUCUUCCCACAUGGCAUUCUACGCAACACGGUUUAUGGAACUGCAAUCGUGGUUCUGUGCUUUUGGAUAUCCUCAAUCUUUGCGAUUAUUUUUACCUGUGUUCCGGUUUCUGCGGCUUGGGAUUACAAUCUUAAAGGUCAUUGCUAUCCGAUUGUCAACUUCUUCUACGCUUCCUCGGCAUUCAAUAUUGCAACGGAUGUGUUAUUGUGCGUGUUGCCUAUCCCAACAUUGUGGGCUCUCAAAUUGCCCAAACCUCAACGAACAGUACUAAUCAUUCUCUUUUCGAUGGGCACUUUUGCCUGCGUUGCAAGCAUUCUUCGACUUGCUCACUUGAAUCAUCUUGGCAGUGGUUCUGAUGUCACUUAUCAAACGGUGAGCUCACUUAACUGGAGCGUCGUUGAAGUCGAUACUGGAAUCGUUUGCGCCUCGCUUUCUUCACUGAGACCUCUAGGGAAACGUCUCAUCCCAAACCUUUUCUCGCAAUCCUCUCGCGCCUCCAGUCCAACAGAAAAGAAUGGUCUCACGAACUCUCUUACAAGAACAAACACUUAUACAGCGUCUCAAACAUUCACCUCAAGGUUCUUACCUCCACCUCCCAAGAUUAUGAGGUUCAACGCCAUCAUGUCGCCGAUCCCCACGAGGCCUUCGAGAUCGGGCUCGAUAGCUAGUGUCAAGAGUGAGAUAUACGUGCAGAAAACAUUUGAGGUUCAAACCAUGAAGGACCUUCCAGCUAUACCUGAUCCGUUUCGUGCGCCGUCUCGGAUGGCAGAUGUUGGCGAUGUGGUUCAGGUACAAGUCCCUCAAAACAUUUCCCAUGGGACACACACUCGGAUAGACAGCGUGGAAGAUGUGGUGCAAGUAGAUAUUCCUCAGCUCAUGUCAUCCAUCAGCAAAGGAAAAGGGAAAGAAAAAGAAGAGACGAUGGAAGUGGCAACUGAAGCUCCGACAUUGAAGUGGCCGACGAGAACGUUGACAAAAGGAAAGCAUGAGAGAGAUAGUAGCAGGAGUCGACUGAGUGUAGUGGGGAUGUUCACUGCUGAUUUGCUGGACUUCACAAGUAGUGAAGAUGAGGGGUUGACAACAGGAAGGUCGAGCUCGGAAAGUGAAGACACGAUCAAAGGAGAAUUGCAGACGGAAGCAGGGAGUAGUGAAAGCUGA